CCUCGUCCGACUUGACUCGUCUCCGCGCCGCGCCCCACACCCACACAGCCUGGCUGGGCGCUGUGCUCUCUCUCUUUUCCUCCCACUGGCCCCUCAAGACACGGAGAAGCGGAGAGGCGGAGCACUUUUUACUUUAUUGCCGUUGCGCACGGGCGUGACCUGACCUCGAGAAGGACACAACGAAAGGAGAGAGAGGUAUAAGAGCAAUGCUCGAGGAGAUUGAUAGAUGAUUCUUCACUUUCCCCCCGGACCCUUCAAACACUAAGGCAGCAUGACCAGUCACGUCAAUACCAACAAGGCUGCCGUCCUGCACGGUCCCAAGGACUUGCGAAUCGAGACACGCUCCCUCCCCACCACACCACCAGCAGGGCACGUCCACGUCACCGUCCUCGCCACAGGACUCUGCGGGUCCGACCUGCACUACUACCUCCACGGCCGUAACGGGGACUUCGCUUUGCGCCAUCCCAUGGCUCUGGGCCACGAGAGCGCCGGGAUCAUCAGCGCUGUUGGUCCGGAAUGCCCUGCUCAACUCAGUGUGGGUAAGCGCGUGGCGAUCGAGGCUGGCUUGUACUGCAGGGAGUGUGAGCGCUGUCAGGAGGGGAGGUAUAACCUCUGCCCCUCUAUGCGCUUUGCCAGCUCGGCAAAGACGUACCCACACCUCGAUGGGACACUACAGUCCACCCUUACAUGGCCGGCUUGGGGCGUCCACCUCCUCCCCACCUCGGUCUCGUACGAGGUCGGAGCACUAAUCGAGCCGCUCAGCGUCGUUCUCCAGGGGAUACGGCGUUGCGCCCUCGCCAAUGGGGAGCGGGUCCUCGUCACCGGGGCGGGGGCGGUCGGCCUCUUGGCGUGCGCUGCGGCGAAAGGAGCCGGGGCGAGCUACGUUGUUGCGGUGGAUAUCGAUGAGGGGAGGCUAGACUUUGCGAAGCGCAACAGCUGGGCGGACCAGACGUACACGCUGGCGAAGAGUGCGCCCCCUGUUCAGGGCGAGGAGCCGGCAGUCACGAUGGGGAAGGCACAGAGGGUUGCAAAGGAGAUGGGCGAGGCACUCUCCCUCGACUCAAGCGCCGGUGCAUUCGACGUAGUAUUUGAAUGCUCGGGCGUCCCCUCGUGCGUGCAAUUGGCGAUCUUCUCCACUCGUCCUGGAGGACGCGUAGUCCUCAUAGGUAUGGGGAGCCCCAUCCAGACUCUACCCAUAGGUGCGGCCGCGCUGAGGGAGGUGGACAUAUUGGGCGUGUUUCGCUACGCGAAUACCUACCCGCUCGCCAUGGAGAUGUUGCAGCGUGGCGAGUUGAAGGGGAUCGAGAAGGUCAUUUCGCAUAGGUACACGCUGGAGGAGGCGGGUGAGGCGUUUGAGACUUUGGCGCGAGGGAGGGGAAGGGAUGGGAGAGGGGUCACAAAGGUGUUUGUUGUGGCGGAGGAAGGGGAGGAGUGAGCGAUAGAAAGGAGCGUGGGUCAGAAGGUGAGGUGACUCGAUAUUUGCGGCGCGAUAAGAGAGAGAGAGUACACAGAUACGAAACAACACACACACAAUACCACGUCCUUACACCACGCG